AUGUCUACAGUUGUUGAUGGUACAAUUUCAGAUCAUGGCUGGAAUCAAAUAACUGGAUCGCAGCUGACUGAGAAACAAGCUGAUAAUACUGAACAGUUGUUUAGAAAAGUUAUAAUCGACGACCAACAUUAUAAUUCGCAGCCUGUAAGAGAUGACAACCAGCGAGUGCAGACUACCAACAGUCAGUUCAGUAAUACCUGCCGAUUAUGCGGAGCGAUCUUUUCACAAAAGAGUGGCUUGGUGGACCAUAUUCAGUUUGUACAUCAAAGAUAUAAGCCUCAUGUAUGUACACUCUGUGAUCAGAAGUUUCGACGACCAUCAGAACUCAAAACACAUGUCGAACGGCGCCAUGACACAGCAUCUCAUGAAAGAACAACCUGUGUGAAUGAAACAGCUAGAGACAUGCCUGUGAGUGUCACGUCUCAUGAUCACUUGCCCAAGAUUCAGAUAUAUAAUGUUGCACCUUUGGUCAAAUCCUACAUCAAUGAAAAUGGUGAACAGAAAUUAUCAGAUGAAAUGAAAUUUGUCCAAGAUGCUAUCAAUCAGGUUAACACUGCCAGAAUUAUGACUGUGAGAAACAAAAAGGCAAUCAAAAGACCUAAGAGAGUGCACAAAUGCAGCCUUUGUGGGAACAAGUACUUGUAUUAUUCUACUCUUUGGAAACACAGGCUGAUGCAUGGAGGGAAAAAGAAACAUUUCUGUCUACUGUGUGGAUCAGGCUUUUUUAGGUCAAAGAAUUUGGACAUUCACUUCAAGUCAAUACAUCUUCAGGCCUUUAAGUUCAAGUGUCCUCACUGUGAAAAAGGUUUCAAUCGACCUAUUGAUGCUCAAAAGCACAUCAUUAUUAGGCAUACAGAUUUGAAGAACUUCAUUUGUCGAAUUUGUAAUAGAAACACAGAGACGGCUUCUGCACUGCAGAAUCACAUCAAAAAGUACCACUCCCCAACCAGGACAGACCCUCCAAAGAUGGUGUCAGAAGGAAAUUGCUUUGGCAGUCUUCAGCAUUGACUCUGGACCCCACUAACACUCAUGGCAUUAACUCAAACAUGGGCAAGGAAACCUACCAAACACCACUUAACUGUUCGCCUUGAAUUGAUAAAUCAGUGUUCCUCAUGUUGAACACACUUGGAGGAAGGAGAAGGUGGAAAGAACACAGAAUGUACAGUGAGAGACUUCGAUGUUCAUGAUAUACAAUGGCUCAGCAGUACCACAAGUAGCUAAGCUGUCCAAGUCCUAAAGGGUAAAUCUGCCAGACUGGAUCUUGUGGUAGGUGGUAAAGGGGGCUAACAAGAAGAAAACACCUGCUCGCCCUGUUACACAUUCAUCUGUCCGGGACAGUAUAUUGGUGGGAAUAACUACCACAUAGUCCUUGUGGAGACUACGUCCCAUCUUCAGGCCAAAAAUACCCUUUGUUAUGUUGUGCAACAUUACCAAUACGCUACAUGGGAUGAAUUCAGAAGAUAAGAGUAGCUAAAACUGGAUGCGUAAUAAGGCACUGUGGGCCAUCAGCAUCAGAAUUACAUUCAGCUGCAAUCUGUAACCUCAUGGCCCAUCAAGCAAGGUGAUCAACCCUGGUUCAAUGAAGAAUGCAGGCAUACUUAAAAAUAUGAGGUGCCUUUCCUGAUGAAGUUACAGCACAGGACUACUUGCUGCCAAUUAGCAGAGGCAACAUGCAACAGAGUUGAGCGAUCCUGCAAACAAUGGAGUAGUUCAAAGCUCUGCAGUCCUUCAAGUCCAGUUGUGAAUGGCAGGGAACAACUAACAGGAGGCAGGAUUUCCACAUAUACCACCACCCUACACAGUGGUGAGAAAAACUGAAGUAUUUGCAAUUACCUUUAGCCAGAAUGCUGAAUGGAGAAUGCAUCUCCCCCCACCCCUGAAGUCAUCAGCAUUACAGUUGGCAGUCUUAGGCAAUUCAGUUCAGUGUACAUGAUGAGAGGGGAAUUGACUAAAUUAUCUUAUAGGUCAAAGCAUGAGGAAUUAAACUGGAUUCAAAUAUUGAUUAUGAGCCUGGCUGUGAAUACCAAUGCUCCGUUCAAAUUUAGUCUUAAGAUCAAUUUAUCUUCUCAUCACUAAUCUUGAUGCCUUUUCACCUUCUGUGUUAGUUAUUUUAAACAUUUAUUAUAAAAAAUAUUAAAGGUAUUUCAGGCUAAAACUAAAAUUUGAGCCAAAAUUGCACUGAAAUGCAUUAGCCUUUAUUUGGGCAAGUCCUCAGUGAUGAAAAUUACAUGCAGCUGUUCCAGCCAGUCUUCAUCCCAAACAAAUAUGUUUGCCUCUACGAGCAUGAUCCCUCUAAAGCCCUAUUAAUUGGCAGCGAGGUUUAUUUGUUCAUUACAGCUGAUCAGUAAUACCUAACAAUUUUUCUCCGAAUUCCAAACUUAAGUUUCUAUGUUAAGUAGUUGGCUGCUUUUUCCCUUGGUUAUGCUACUCUUGUAGCUCAACAGUGUCUAAUCCAGUGGUUGUUGCUUUCAUUGAGGGAUCUCUUGUUUGCAAACCAUGUGGAUCAGAUCUGCUGCCUAGUCCCACCCAGAGACUUGACAAGUGAAAGUGAUCUCAAGAUUCAAUCAAUCGUGCACUAUUUCAACCUUUUUGUGGGUUUGAAGUUCUUUAAUAAUGCUCAGUCCCAAUUUGUUGAGAGAUCAGGGGCAGCUCGUACCCGUCUUUCCUAUUUAACCAGUUUUUCUUUUCUGGUUCCCAAUACUGACUAAUCCCUCACUGGAUAACCAUUCCUAUUUACACAGGUCUCUUGUUUCUCAAUUUUGGACCAUCAAUCUUUUGAGCGUUUGAGAUGAGCCCAACUUUGUCCUUGACUUUGAAAAUGAAAAAAAUCUGGAUCCAUUUCUAAAAUUGGGUCCAGUAUUCCAAGAAAAUGACAUUAUUUUCUCUACUCAGUCAUUAAUCACAAGCUAUUCCAACACUUAGGCUGGAGCACCCCCUUCCCCCCCCCAAAAGAAUUCAAUAAAAGUGAGAUAAAGUGCAAUUUGAUAUUUCUACCAUUUAAAAUCAUGAAAAAAGUAAUGGUGUCAGCAUUUUAUUUAACAAGAUUAUAAAUUUGCUCAUAAAUAUUAGCAGUUAUCGGUUGGUCCCAACUAGACUAAUAAUCAUUCAUUACCAAA